AUGGGUUCCAAGAAAGUUGAGGCUAACGAAGUGCCAAAAUUAAGUGUCAAGGAGAAGGUCGUAGAGGAGAAGUCAUCUUCUUCCUCCUCAUCAUCAUCCUCUUCUUCCUCCUCCAGUUCCAGUGAUGAGUCCUCGAGCAGCAGUAGCAGCAGCGACUCCGAAUCAAGUUCGUCAUCAUCUAGCUCCAGCUCCAGCUCCAGCGACUCUGAUUCCUCUAGCGACUCUGAUUCUUCCAGCGAUUCCGAUUCCGACUCCAGUUCCAGCGGAUCCUCUUCCUCUUCCUCUUCUUCUUCUUCUUCUUCUUCUUCCUCUUCUUCUUCUUCUUCCUCUAGCUCUAGCGAGUCUUCCUCCGAAUCGGAAGCUGAAGACGACACCAAGAAGAGAUCGAGAGAAUCCGAUAAUGAAGAUGUCAAGGAGACUAAAAAGGCAAAGACUGAACCAGAAUCUUCAUCCUCUUCCUCGUCAGAUUCAAGCUCCAGUGAGUCCUCUUCAUGUUCCGACUCCGACUCCAGCUCCAGCUCCAGCUCCGACUCCGACUCCGACUCCGACUCCAGCUCCAGCUCCAGCUCCAGCUCCAGCGCCAGCUCCAGUAGUUCCUCCGACUCAGAAUCCGACUCAAGCUCAAGCUCUGGCUCUGGCUCUGGCUCUAGUUCUAGUUCUAGCGACUCUUCGUCAGAUUCGGAUUCAGAAUCCGACUCGAGCUCAAGUUCUAGCUCUAGCUCUAGCUCUAGUUCUAGCGACUCUUCAUCUGAUUCCGACUCUGAUUCCGACUCAGACUCAGACUCAGACUCCUCUUCUUCCUCGAGUUCCAGUUCCAGCUCCAGCUCGAGCUCCAGUGAAUCCUCAUCAUCAUCAUCAUCAUCCGACUCCGACUCCGACUCCGACUCCGAUUCUGAAACAAAGAAAACAUCAAAAGAUGAGCCCAAGGCCGAAGAAACCCCUGCUUCUUCUAAUGAAUCUACUCCAUCCACUUCCGUUUCAUCCGAUGCUAGUAAAUUAAAUAUUCCAGCCGGAACCGAUGAAAUCAAAGACGGCGAAAGAAAGCAUUUUUCCAGAGUAGAGAGGGCCAAGAUCAACUUCGAGGCUUGGGAAUUAACAGACAACACCUAUAAAGGUGCUGCUGGUACAUGGGGAGAAAUGGCUAACGAAAGGUUAGGCAAAGUAAGAGGUAGAGAUUUCACAAAAAACAAAAAUAAAAUGAAGAGAGGUUCUUAUAGAGGUGGUUCCAUCACUUUAGAAAGUGGUUCGUACAAGUUCCAAGAUUAG